UUGCUGUUCAUUUAAGUUAAUGUUUUGGGACAUUUUUAGAAUUCUUCAAGCUGCCGUGAGGUUCAACGCUACAGGAGGAUGGGGAACCGAACCAUAGAUGUACUCAACGCUGUUUUCAUAAUGGGCAAAAUAGACUUGUCUUCUGAAGGGAAAUAUUUGACUGUCCUAAUUGGCUCUCUCGUCUACUUAUUUACACUGUUCGGUAACCUGUCUUUGCUUGCGGUUAUAGUUUUCAACAGAAAUCUACACGGGCCAAUGUAUCUGUUCCUUCUCAACUUAUCCAUCAAUGACUUGAUCGGUAUCAGCGCCAUGAUUCCAAGGGUCAUGUCAGAUGUAUUGUCUGAAGAUAGGCACAUCACUUACCCAGCAUGCUUGAUUCAGGCUUUCUGUAUUCAUAUGUAUGGCGGAGCUACACUUCUCAUAUUGUCUAUCAUGUCGUUUGAUCGCUACAUAGCUAUCUGUCAUCCACUAAGGUACCACUCCAUCAUGACUAGGAACACUGUUGUAAGUCUCAUUGCCUCUGCUUGGCUGAUUGACUUUCUACUGGUUGGGAUCCUGUUCGGGCUCACGUUGCGUUUCCCUGUUUGUAAAACAGUUAUCGUGAACAUCUAUUGUGACAACAUGUCUCUGUUAAGACUGACCUGUGCAACAGAAACCACAGUGAACAACAUCUAUGGCUUAUUUAUCACAGGUCUACUCCAUGGGGCAGGGGCUUUUUCUGUGGUCUUCUCCUACUCACUCAUUCUAUUCACAUGCUUUAGAGGUAGUGACUCUGAUGCCAAGCUAAAGGCCUUGCAUACAUGUGCCACACACCUGCUUGUCUUUCUAAUCUAUGAGUUCUCAGGUAUCAUUGUUGUCCUUGUGUAUCGAAUACCAAACACUCCUCUCCUACUUCAGACAUUUGCAGGAAUGAUAUUUGUCAUAUUUCCUCCAGGUCUGAACCCAGUAAUAUAUGGUAUCAAAACUAAAAAGAUUAGAGUGAAAUUACUUCAGCUUUUCUCCAUGGCCAAAGGUUCAGUUAGAGUAGUAAAAGUCAAUAGUGUAACUUAAUAAUGUAACGUUAAUUAUUUGUUGUCCUGUUUGUUAUACGUUUACAUUAGUAUUGUCAAGGAAAAUAAUUCUCAAGAGGAAUGUAUGAUAAAAAGCAUAGGAAAGUCACUAUGUUAGAAAGCAUAGGGACCAGAAGAGGAGCUAUAGGUGGAUGGGCUCAUUGUAAUGGCACAGUGAGGAGGAGACUGAGGUCAUUGAUUAUUCCUUCCUCGUCGUGCAGAUCCUGUGGUCUAGCAGUCACUCUCAUGGCCAGUCAUAUACUGCUCUGCAUUGCAGACCAGGGAUCAAUCCCUGCAUCCACCCUGUCUACUGUUGUCCCACUUGCCUGUCUCCUCCUCUGUUUCUAUCUGUAAAGGGUUUAUAUAUAUUAUUCAUUGAUUAGUCAAU